UAAAAUGGGCUGCUUCACAUUUGUCAAAGCUGUGAUGGUCAUGUUCAACUUGCUUAUCUGCCUGGCGGGCAUAUGUGUGGCUACUGUAGGGAUAUGGGUGACUGUGUAUGAAAACUCCUUUAUGAGCAUUUUACCACCCUUUAAUGACAAGAUCUGGAGUCACGUCAAUGUGGGAAUCUUCUGCAUCAGUAUUGGCGCAGUCAUGACAUGGCUUGGAAUGAUUGGAUGCUGUGGAGCUCAAAAAGAGAGCAAAUGCCUUCUUAUAAUGUUCUUCUCCAUCGUCCUGAUCAUUUGCAUUGCUGAGGUGGCAGCUGCAGUAGUAACCCUGGUCUAUUCCUCAUACGCUGAGAUCUUUCUAAGAAUGUGGGCCAUACCUGGACUGAAGGAGCAGUAUGGCAAAAAUCAAAUCUUCACAAACUUGUGGAACUCAACCAUGACCACAUUGCAGUGCUGUGGCUUUAACAACUACACCGACUUCUCUGGAUCCUACUACUAUAAGCAGAACGGAGAACUUUACCCUCCUGCUUGUUGUUUAGGUCUUGAGCUCUUCCCCUGUGAUGAGGACAAUGCAGAUUACAGCAGAGUUAUGGGCUGCUUUAAACGAAUUGUUAAGCACACCAAAAUGAAUGUCAACAUUCUAGGAGGAAUAGCUGCUGGAGUCACUGCCAUCGAGUUGGCAGCGAUGGGAGUGGCUAUGUAUCUCUAUUGCUACCUGGACAAAAAAGAAACCUGAAAGUCUUACUAGUUCUUACAAGAAUUAUAAAUAUUUUUUGUUUAUGAUUCAAAGUAGGCAAGCAAUACUGUAAAUGUUAUGAAGUUGAUUAUUGUAAGAUUUUAUUUGUUUGAUUUUAA